GCUUAAAAUGUCUCGAAGGUCGUAUUUACUUACCUGCAUUAGCGGUCAGCGACGUGGCUGCGUCUCAAAUCGCGGCGCGGUUCCCUACACACGCACACUACUUGCCAAGGGUGUCACUGCUUUCGCGUAAUGGCGUCUUCUCGAUACAGAGUGCACUACUUUUAGUGCCAAGCAGGCGUUUGGAACACGACCUGCGUUCAAUCGGUCUUGCGAUAGCUUCAUUCAAAAUAGCAAACACACAGACACAGAAAUAAUGGAUUGGGCAAGUCAGAUAUAUGAAAACAGAGGCAUAGGAUCCAAGAUGACGGACUCGAAGUAUUUCACCACCACUAAGAAAGGGGAGAUCUUUGAGCUGAAAGCAGAGCUGAACAGUGAUAAGAAGGAGAAGAAAAAGGAGGCAGUAAAGAAGGUGAUCGCCUCCAUGACAGUGGGGAAAGAUGUCAGUGCUCUGUUUCCCGAUGUAGUGAACUGCAUGCAGACGGACAACCUGGAGCUGAAGAAGCUGGUCUACCUGUACCUGAUGAACUACGCCAAGAGCCAGCCCGACAUGGCCAUCAUGGCCGUCAACACCUUUGUCAAGGACUGUGAAGACCCGAACCCUCUGAUUCGAGCUCUGGCCGUACGCACCAUGGGCUGCAUUCGCGUGGACAAGAUCACAGAGUACCUGUGUGAACCUCUGCGCAAGUGUCUAAAGGACGAGGAUCCCUACGUGAGGAAGACGGCGGCCGUGUGCGUGGCCAAACUCCACGACAUCAGCGCCCAGCUGGUGGAGGAUCAGGGCUUCCUGGACACGCUGAAGGACCUGAUCUCUGACUCCAACCCCAUGGUGGUGGCGAACGCUGUAGCUGCUCUAUCAGAGAUCGCUGAGUCUCACCCCAACAGUAACCUGCUGGACCUGAACCCUCAGACCAUCAACAAGCUGCUGACGGCCCUGAACGAGUGCACCGAGUGGGGGCAGAUCUUCAUCCUGGACUGUCUGGCGAACUACACACCCCGCGAUGACCGCGAGUCUCAGAGCAUCUGCGAGAGAGUCACCCCCCGGCUGUCUCACGCUAACUCUGCCGUGGUCCUGUCGGCCGUCAAGGUGCUAAUGAAGUUCAUGGAGAUGCUCCCUAAAGACCUGGAUUACUACGGGACCCUGCUGAAGAAACUGGCGCCUCCUCUGGUCACUCUGCUCUCUGCAGAACCCGAGCUGCAGUACGUGGCUCUGAGGAACAUCAACCUCAUCGUCCAGAAACGGCCUGAGAUCCUGAAGCACGAGAUGAAGGUGUUCUUCGUGAAAUAUAACGACCCGAUCUACGUCAAACUGGAGAAGCUCGACAUCAUGAUCCGUCUGGCCUCUCAGGCCAACAUCGCUCAGGUUCUGGCCGAGCUGAAGGAAUACGCCACUGAAGUGGACGUGGACUUCGUGCGCAAAGCCGUCCGUGCCAUCGGCCGCUGCGCCAUCAAAGUGGAGCAAUCGGCUGAGCGCUGCGUCAGCACCCUGCUGGACCUCAUCCAGACCAAAGUCAACUACGUGGUGCAGGAGGCCAUCGUGGUCAUCAAGGACAUCUUCCGCAAGUACCCUAACAAGUAUGAGAGUGUUAUUGCUACCCUGUGUGAGAACCUGGACUCUCUGGAUGAACCUGAGGCGAGAGCAGCCAUGAUCUGGAUCGUAGGAGAAUACGCAGAGAGGAUCGACAAUGCAGACGAGCUGCUUGAGAGCUUCCUGGAGGGCUUCCACGAUGAGAGCACACAGGUGCAGCUGCAGCUUCUCACUGCCAUUGUCAAACUGUUCCUCAAGAAACCCACUGAGACCCAGGAGCUCGUACAGCAGGUACUCAGCCUGGCCACACAGGACUCUGAUAACCCGGACCUGCGGGACCGCGGGUACAUCUACUGGCGCCUGCUGUCCACCGACCCGGUCGCGGCGAAGGAGGUGGUUCUGGCUGAGAAGCCUCUGAUCUCAGAAGAGACGGACCUGAUCGAGCCGACGCUGUUGGAGGAGCUCAUCUGCCACAUCGGCACGCUGGCCUCCGUUUACCACAAACCUCCCAGCGCCUUCGUCGAGGGCAGCCGAGGGGUGCAGCACAAACGCCUUCCUCCCCGCACCGGCUCUGGUGAGAGCGCUGAAAGCCCCGAUGUAGGCCAGUCAGUGGGCGGAGCCUCCGAAGCCCCGCCUGCUGUCAUCCCAUCUCAGGGUGAUCUCCUGGGUGACUUGCUUAACCUGGACCUGGCUCCACCCACCACCACCGUGCCCUCCGUGCCCCCCGCCAUGCAGAUGGGCGCCAUGGACCUGCUGGGUGGAGGACUGGACAGUCUGAUGGGAGACGAAUCGGAAACGCUGCGUUCACACUACAGGGUGGAGGUUCAGUCUCCUGCUCCACACUCUCACUGUAGAGAGGGAGAGUUGGGCGGAGACCUUGGAGGCAGUCCUGCGGUGGGUGUAGGUCUCGGGGGCGCUCCUGUAGGAAUGCCGGCGGGUCUGGGCGGAGCCCCGGCUGUUGGAAGCGGUCUUAGUGACCUGUUUGAUCUGGGUGGAAGUGUAGACAUGACAACGGGAGCUUAUGUGCCACCCAAAACUAUGUGGCUGCCAGCGAUGAAGGCGAAAGGUCUGGAGAUCUCAGGAACGUUUGCUCGGCGUGGAGGAGCCAUCCACCUGGACCUGUCCCUCACCAACAAGGCUAUGAGCAUCAUGACCGACUUCGCCAUCCAGUUCAACAAGAACAGUUUCGGAUUGGCUCCUGCUGGUCCUCUGCAGGUCCUGACUCCUCUCAGCCCCAAUCAGACGGUGGAGGUGAGUCUCCCUCUCAGCACCAGCGGCCCGGUCAUGAAGAUGGAACCUCUCAACAACCUCCAGGUAGCAGUGAAGAAUAACAUCGAUGUGUUCUACUUCAGCUGCCAGUACCCCAUCAGCCUGCUGUUCGUCGAAGAUGGCAAGAUGGAUCGCCAGGUGUUCUUGGCCACAUGGAAGGACAUUCCCAGUGACGGUGACACUCAGUUUCAGAUUAAAGACUGUCACCUCACUGCAGACGCGGUCAGUAACAAGCUGCAGGGCAGUAACGUGUUCACCGUGGCACGACGCACAGCCGACGCUCAGGAGCUUCUCUACCUGUCCAUCAAACUCACCAACACCAUCUGGGUUCUUACUGAACUACGUGUACAGAGUCCCACCCACACGAUGACGGUGAGAUGCCGUGCUCCAGAGGUUUCUCAGUACGUCUGUCAGAGCUUCGAGCUGAUUCUCGAAACUGAACAUCGUCCUUAGAGUUGGACCAGGAACCUCCUCAGAUCCUUCUCAACACCUCCUCUGUCUCUUCCACACACACCCAUCAGGAUCAGCUGCUUUUAAUCCGUCUUCUUCUUCCUCCUCUUCCUUCUCUCCAUUUUCCUUUUCUCCUCAUCUUCCUUUUCCCCUUCCAUUAACUCCUUCUCUUCCUAAACCUCCACUUUUUCCUUCUUCGCUUUUCCCUAUUUUUCUUACUCUCCUUCUCUUCUCCACCUCUUCAUCCUCCCACACCUCUCUUACUUUCUCCUACACAUUCCCCUUUUCUUCCUCCCUAUCCCUUCUUCUUCCCCUUCUCUUCUUUACAUAUUCUCCCUCUUCUUUUUUCUCCUCCCCUCUUCCCCUCUCUUUCUCCUCCUUUUCUACCUCUACAAUCAGUUUAGUUUUAUGGAGCUCAGUGUGUGUGUGAGAGACUCAUGCUGGUUUUGGGGACUUCAUGUGUGUACUACUUCCUUAUAGAUUUGUGUUUGUUCCUGUGUGUGUGUGUGUGUGUGUGUGUGUGUGUGUGAGAGCGUGCAUGUGUUUGAUUUUUGCUUUUUCCUCCUAUAAAGUAAACAAAAGAAACCAUAUAGUGAACCAUUACAACAUGUUGAAUCCCCCAUGAUGCAUUGCCUCAGGUUUGUUUCUGAGGCUGACUCAGGAGGCGACGUCGAGUCCAGUAACGCUGUUCAACAUCUCACACCAGGACAUCUGUACAAAACACCACGAUCUCGAUCUUUUUCCAGGCUUUAGGCCACGCUGUUGUAUGAACGUUCGCUUCGUAACCCUGGUGCACCUCCACAGAAGGAUCUCAUCAUGACUGCUUUUCUACUCGCCACCCAGCCGAGGUGGAACUGUUCCAUCUGUGGGAGAAGAGACGCAUCAUUUACUUUUUUCUAUAUUUUAUUUUAAGAAAUCAUUCCGUGUGUGUGUGUGUGUGUGUGUGUGUGUGCACUACUCUGUUAAUUAUAUCUGAUUGGGUUGAAUAUCACCGAUGCUCAGAAGUGUGUUUCUGUGUGUUCUGAGCUUUAAUAGCUGUACGAGUAAACGCCUGCCGGAUUCUUAUCCUCA